UACAUGUUUACCUUUGGGGAUUACAAAAAAACCACUACAGGAUGAGUGUGUUUGGUCCAAGUAAACCGUCAUAUUUGAAGACCUAUGGCAAACAGAAGCGCAGAGUGGAACAAUGGUUUUCUCCUGACCUGAGAAAGAAAGUGUUCUCCUUCUCCAGUACACCAUCAUCUGAUCAGUCUCUCCCAGAGCCCACGUCCAAGAGACGGAAAACCAAUAACAAAAAAAGCACGGCUGCAGGCAGCUCCAGGACUGUGCGCAUGGCGAAGCAGAAAGCUAUGGAAGCUUUGAAAGAGCUGGAGAGUGACGAGGAAAGUAUUUUUAUUCCAGGAACAGCCCCAAGGAGGAAACCAGGCACCAAACUAAUUAAGAAGACUGCAGUCACAAGCACUUCACCAGGCAUACAUGACUUCAUAUCCAGCAAGGUGGAACAUGCCAGUCAGUCCACAAGGAGGAUAAGAAAAAAGAAGCCAGUUCUCAGCACCAGUGAGAAUGAGAGUGACUGUUUUGUCACUAAUAAUAAAUGUUCAAAUGCCUUUAGGCAGAAUACAUCUUCUAAUUUCAAACAUGUAAAGCAAGGAGACUCGGUCGGUCUGCCCCACUUGGAUAGAUUCGUCACACAGCGCAAGAGAGUGCACCGCUUGCAAUCUGAAAAGCACCCGUUUGAACAGAGACCCGCCACUCAGCAGGAGUCCGAUACUAAGCCUUCUGUCGUGUUUCACAGUGGCGCGCAAAGACAUUCGGACGCAGUAUUACGUGAAGUCUCAUUUAACAAUGUUGAAGAGCAGCUGAUGUCCUGUAAACGCCCUCUGCUGUGCAGUACACCAUCCGUGGUUUCUAAACGAAACCUACACUGCCUUGAGCCCUCGAUCAGUGAGAUCUCCUCGUUUAGCUGUGAUGAGUUGGACAAGCCUCCAAUAAAUGAAAGCACAGCCAGUGAGCUAAUGAGCAAACCACAGAAACGUGGCAUGCUGCAGAAGAGCAAACAGUGUGCAAAGCACACCCCAAAAACUGCGACAGUACAACAGAUAGAGGCGCAUGCAAAGUAUGCAAAUGCACAAUCACAGCUGAGAUUGGAGAAACGCCGCUCAAGUAUUGAAUCUGUCUCCGAUCGGCCAGACCUGAAGCAGUUGAAAGGAAGGGCUUGCGUCAUGCUGGAGGAGCUAGAUGUCUUGGACAUUCUUUCAAAUCAAAGUGAUAAUGGGAAACAAGACGUAGAGAAAACAUAUCCACCCAGAUUGGAGGCGGGUCCUGCCACUUCAGCAGCUGCUAUACCAAGCUACCAUGACAAGCAAGCCUGUCAAAUGUCUUCAGAUUAUGCCAUGUCUGACGCCAGUACCCAAGCUCGCCAUUUAACCUCUUCACUCGGCACAUCUUCCAUUUUGUCCGUUUCUUCUCUUUCUGCACCUCCAAGUAAUGAUCUCAGCAGUUCAGUCCAAAUGCAGACUGAUCGUCUUAAGGUAGAGUGCCUGUCCUCUUGCCUCACUGUCUGCCUCCAGCAUCUGGACUUGGGCAAUGUCCACCAGGCCCAUCAGGGGAUAAUGGAGACCCAGAAGGCCAAGGUUGCUUCUCCUAUUACUUUAGAAUCCAAAAGACGCCAAAAUGCCAGGAACUUAAAGAAUUUCCCCUGCUUGGUUGGCACUGAAUCAGCAGAGCAAUCAUCCGGCAGUGAAAUGCAAACUGGAGGGCUAGUUAGACGGCUGUCUGCCUCCUUCAUGCGAUCUGCCCUCUCCCCUGCAUCUAUUACAGCUCCCAGUAAAAUGCCGGUGGCAAAAGAAAACAACGGUCUUUCUACCAGCCGUAAAGUAUGCGUGAGUGGCUUGAAUUCUAGCCGGUGGUCAAAGAGAGGUGUGGGUGAACAAAACAGAAAGCAGAGGCAGAAAACUAGGACUAAACCAGGAGACCGCUCAUCCAAUGACCCCCUGCCCACUGGAGCCGAUUCACGCGUGGGGGAAUCUGCUUGUGGCUGGCUGCAGAGCAGCAAAGUGAUUGGCUUGCCUAAGACCCCUCUCCGUGUAGAACUGCUGAACCUUUCCUCCUUUCUGACCAGCUUCACUCCAGACUCGCUUACAACACACACCUGGGGGCGUCUCAAAGCUGCACUGUCCAUACACAAGAAGACAACAGCAUUUCCAACUCCUCGACGGCUGGCUCUUUCCAAUCUCAAGGAUCCAGGGCUGGUGAACACCAGUCUAGAUCUGUUUGGCACCCCAGUGUCUUAUCGAGCUUCCUCUCACCUGCUCCGUUCCAGCAUGAACAAUACCUCCAUGAUAUCUUCUAACGAAGACAUCAGUGAUGCUGAAAAAGUGUACCAGGAGUGUCAGCAGGAAGGCCCCCUUUUCUUUGAUGAUUGCAUUCCUGCCAAAUGCAUGAAACACUGCAUUAAGAUUGGAGAGGGCACGUUUGGAGAGGUGUUCUCCAUGGUCAACGAUGCCAAUCAGACUGUGGCUCUUAAAAUUAUUCCAGUGGAAGGCCAUCAGAAAGUGAAUGGUGAACCACAGAAAACAUUUGGUGAAAUUCUUCAUGAAAUUAUUAUUUCCAAGGAGCUAAGUGCACUCAACUCCAAGGAGCACAACAAAACAAAUGGGUUCAUCGGCCUCCUUAACCUUCACUGUGUGCGUGGGUGCUAUCCCAGUGCUCUGCUCAAAGCAUGGGACAAGUUUGCCAAAGAAAAGGGAUCUGAGAAUGACCGACCUGAUUUCUUUGGUGGGGAGCAGCUCUUUCUGAUCCUGGAGUUUGAGUUUGGAGGCAGUGAUUUGGAGAAUAUGAAUGGAAAGCUCACAUCUAUGGCGCAAGCUAAAAGUGUGCUGCACCAGGUUACUGCUGCUCUGGCUGUUGCUGAAGAGGCACUUUUCUUCGAACACAGAGACCUGCAUUGGGGAAACAUUCUGGUGAAAACUACUAAAGAGAAGAGUAAUCAGUUUAUUCUGAAUGGCUCAGUACACUCUAUAGAGACACGAGGAGUUCAUGUUAACGUUAUAGACUAUUCACUCUCGCGUCUUGAGAUCGAUGGCUUAACAGUGUCCUGUGAUAUAGCGAAUGAAGAGGAGUUAUUCAUGGGCCAGGGUGACUAUCAAUUUGAAAUCUACCGUCUGAUGAAGAACGAGAACAAUAACUGCUGGGCGGACUAUAACCCUCACUCCAACGUACUGUGGCUACACUAUCUGGCAGAUAAGCUUUUGACCAUGAGGUACAGGAACAAACCACACACCAGCCAGCAGAAGGCCUUGAAGAGCAGCCUCAAGUCCUUUCACUCAGAGAUCCUCAACUACCAUUCAGCCAAAGAUGUCUUAUUGCACUCCACUCUAUUUCAGUGAUCUCCACUGAUUUGUACUGAUUUGUUUUUAAUCAGUGCUACCAGGCCUGUUUAAAUACUUGUAAAGCACAUUGUAAAGUGAAGUGUAUAUAAUUAUUUGUAAAAAGAUUUGAAUAGGAAAUAAAGAAAAGAUUUUUUUUGUUAGUGUAAAAAGAUCAAGUUGAGUUGGUUUUUGUCAUUCCUCAAUAUAAGUAGUAUACAUUGUAAUAAGGAACAUGGUGCAACAGCAAUUCAGUAGCAUGACGCACAAGACUACAUAAAGUACAAAUACUUGAGCUUGCUAGAUGUGCAUUAGGACAGUGCACGCUAAAUAAUUAGGACAACGAAACCAUGUCAUGCAAUUCGGUACUAAAAAGAGAAAAGUGCAGCAGCACAUGUAAAGUGUUUCCUUCCAGGUGUGCAUACAACUGAGGGGUGUACUGUAUAAUGGUGGCUGUUGGGAAGGGUUUUGAUUAGUGCAGGUGGGUGUUUGGGGCAGCAGUUAGUUGAGUAGUCUGACUGACUCAGGGAAGAAGUUGUGGAGUUUUGUUGAGUGCAGUUUCCAUGCCAGAAAGUGAGAGCUAUUACGAACACUCUUUAUUGUCGCACUGUGAUGGUAGAGAAGAUGGAAGUGGGAUGUUUGUGCUCUGAAUCCUCCACAGGAAGUGAAGACACUGCUGGGCUUUCUUGGCUAAGCAGGUGGUGUUGAGGGUUCAGGUAAGGUCCUCCUUGAUGUGCACAGCAACAUCGAACCUUUGACUCUCUGCUGUUGUGCAGUGAGUAGUGAGCAAUAGUGUUCAUUUUG